AUGCAGAUCAACGAGCAUGCCCUACCCGAUGCAAGACUCAACCACAAGACCGAGGCUUGGGAGCAUUCCAACGUCCUCAUCAUCGGCGGAGGGCUCACCAGCGUGCAGCUGGCGGACGUCCUGAUCCGGCGAGGCGUCAGCAAAGUCCACCUUCUCAUGCGACGAGGAUGGCAGCUCAAGCCCUUCGACGUCGAUCUGAUCUGGAUGAGCAAGUUCAAGAGCACGGCCCGAGCUGCUUCUCGGUCGGCGGACAGCUUUGAAGAAAAUCUCGACAUCAUUAAGCAAGCCCGCGACGGCGGAAGCACGACUAGCCGAUACCAGAAGAUCCUCGAAGGCCACAUCAAACGAAAGAGACUUGUGGUUCAUACGCACAUAACCGUCAAGACACAGUCGUACUGCCGCGAUACCAAACAUCGGAUCAUAGGCUCGCAGCCACCUUUACUUGCUCUCCCGGAGUUCGAUCCCAGCUCCUAG